CUGCUAAUCCUCAUAGACCUGUAGGAGCAGGAGAGGGAGCACCUGGAGCUUGCUUCUUCGAUUCUUGAUUCUUCCGAAUCCCUGGCGACUCCAGCAGCUUCCACUCUGGAGGUGAUGGGACGAAAGGAAGAAGAUGACUGCAGCUCCUGGAAGAAACAGACCACCAACAUCCGGAAGACCUUCAUCUUCAUGGAAGUUCUGGGCUCAGGAGCUUUCUCAGAAGUGUUCCUGGUGAAGCAGAGGGUAACUGGGAAGCUCUUUGCCCUGAAGUGUAUCAAGAAGUCACCAGCCUUCCGGGACAGCAGCCUGGAGAAUGAGAUUGCUGUGUUGAAGAAGAUCAAGCACGAGAACAUUGUGACGCUGGAGGACAUCUAUGAAAGCACCACACACUACUACCUGGUCAUGCAGCUAGUUUCCGGCGGGGAGCUCUUCGACCGCAUCCUAGAGCGAGGUGUCUACACAGAGAAGGACGCCAGUCUGGUGAUCCGGCAGGUCUUGUCAGCAGUGAAAUACCUCCAUGAGAAUGGCAUCGUCCACAGAGACCUGAAGCCUGAGAACCUGCUGUAUCUCACCCCUGAGGAGAACUCGAAGAUCAUGAUCACAGACUUCGGACUGUCCAAGAUGGAGCAGAGUGGGGUCAUGUCCACGGCCUGUGGGACCCCAGGAUAUGUGGCUCCAGAAGUGCUGGCUCAGAAGCCCUACAGCAAGGCUGUGGACUGCUGGUCCAUCGGCGUCAUCACCUACAUACUGCUGUGCGGGUACCCACCUUUCUACGAAGAGACCGAGUCUAAGCUUUUUGAGAAGAUCAAAGAAGGCUAUUAUGAGUUUGAGUCUCCAUUCUGGGAUGACAUUUCUGAGUCAGCGAAGGAUUUUAUCUGCCACUUGCUGGAGAAGGACCCGAGUGAGCGGUACACCUGUGAGAAGGCCCUGAGGCACCCUUGGAUUGAUGGAAACACAGCCCUGCACCGGGACAUCUACCCAUCCGUCAGCCUUCAGAUCCAGAAGAACUUUGCCAGGAGCAAAUGGAGGCAAGCCUUCAAUGCAGCAGCUGUGGUGCACCACAUGCGGAAGCUCCACAUGAACCUGCACAGUCCCAGCACUCUCCCCGAGGCCAAGAACAGGCCACUCACGCCCCCAGCCUGUGACACCAACAGGCCCGGCUCCCCUGAAAUCACCGUCACUGAGGCCCCCAUCCCGGACCCAAUCACACCCCUCCCUGCACCAGCCCGGCCACCCUGCCAGCACAACCAGAGGCCAGCGGCCCCCGGCGGCAGGUCCCUCAACUGCCUGGUCAACGGCUCCCUGCACAUCAGCAGUAGCCUGGUUCCCAUGCAGCAGGGGCCACUGGCUACCGGGCCCUGUAGCUGCUGCUCCAGUUGCCUGAGCGUCGGGAGCAAAGGGAAGUCGUCCUACUGCUCCGAGCCCACCCUCCUCAGGAAAGCCAACAAAAAACAGAACUUCAAGUCUGAGGUCAUGGUGCCAGUGAAAGCUGGGGGCAGCUCCCACUGUCGGGCGGGACAGACUGGGGUCUGCCUCAUCAUGUGAUCCACGGAGCCAAUACCCGUGUCACUGUGGUUUCAGGAGAUGCGUUCAGCUC